AAACAACGGUCAGACCGCCGACCGCUUGCCCCCCUUUUGGGCUCGAGGAACCCGAGGGAGAGAAACUCCGGUGGGUCAUGAAGUCGUCUCUCUCCGAGCUGGGACGACCAGGUGGAAGAGCCAGCCUGAAAGAGAAAUGUUGCUGCCGCUGCUACAGCUUUCUAGUUUGCGGAGUUUUUGUUUUUGGUGUUCUAUUGAUCGUCAUGGGUGCUAUGAAAGACCUCACUCUCUCCGGUGCUUCAGAUGAUUGGUCCUUCACGUGGGGCUUCGACUCGACUGGAAAAGGGAUGCUGGCGCUAGUCAUUGGAUGCUCGGUCACAGUGUGUGCCUUCUUCUUCUGCUGCAUACCUAUUUGCUGUGCAGAGUGUGCCAGCUCUGAGAUGCGCCAUGCUUGGGGACAGGAAAGCAGAAAAUGCCGGCGAUGGUGCGCAUAUAAGUGCUGCUGUUGCUGCACAACUUGCUUUAACUGCUGUAACUUCUGCUGCGAGCAUUACUGUUGCUGUUGCUCGCAAAGGCGGCGAGACUCAGAGACAACCAACACCGACUAUGUGCCGAGAACAGAUCCCUAUGCUGUUCCAGAGGUUCCUGAGAUGGUCGAGGUGGGGCGUCCCGUUGAAAUGAAAGCAACCGCGAUAUAGCUUCUCUUCAGAGUUUUGAGCUGCCUGGACCUAGAAAGUGUUGACGCAAAGCGUCUUUCACUUACUGUCCGACAGCUUUGGGUUCUUUGAAUCGAUCACGAACAAGAAGUGGGUAACGGAUGGUAACGGUAAAUAAACG